UAUAAUUUACACCGCAGCGGACGCAGCUGCACAAAGACAUUUGGGAAGGGAACAGGGCUCAAGCCAAGGAAAGACCCUGCAGCCAUCUUGGAAGCCCUGCACCUUCUCAGCCCCCCCAGGAACCCCAAGCCAGGGAGCACCAAGGGGACUUUUUUUUUGGAGGGGGGAUCUCUGACCACCCCACCCCAUCUUCGGAUCGAGCUGGACACUCAUUGGACCGCAGUUUAGGGGUGGGGCCCCACCUGGAAGUCAUAAAAGGUCUGAAGGAGGAGACCAAGGCUCAGUUUCUCUUUGGGGACGAGCCUUCCAGUAAAGGAGAAAAAGAAAAGGCAAAGACUCUGGACUUUUGGGGACCUGGUGGCCUCCGUGUUGUAGGACUGGAGUUGGACCUGGGCAGGGCAGGGCUGGCUUCUCCUGCUUCCUGACAGAGAGAGAGAGAGAGAGAGAGAGAGAGAGGGAGACGGAGCCAAGCUGAAGCCACCAUGCCCUUCCUGUGGCUCCCUGUGUUCGGGAUGCUGGUGACUGGACUGCUGCAAACCCCGAAAGAUGCGAAGCCCCCCAUCACGAACUUGAGGAUGGAACCCAAGUAUAAAAGACUGACUUGGGAGCUGAGCGGGAAUGUCUCUGACGUUUGGUGCCUUAAAGGUGGCACGCACAAGAAACGGGCAAACGACAACAGGUACUGUCAAUACCUCACGCUGUCCCUCUGCAAAGUGACAAAUUACACCGUCCAAGUUGGCCACCCGCCGUUCUCAGCCUGGAUCCUCUUCCCUGAACCCGAUAAGAACCCGGAGGCGGCAGCUGCAAACCUGAGCUGCAGGGUGCACGACGUAGACUUUGUCACCUGUCACUGGGCCGUGGGCAAGGUGGCCUCCGGCGACAGUGUCCAGUACCAGCUUUUCUGGAUGGACAAGUAUGUGUGCCAAGUCCACUUCCAGGGAAGGGGGGGGUGGCUGCUCACUGACCCCCAAAAUCUUGUCACCUGUCACAGGGACAAUAUGGAGCACGAGUGUCCACGUUACAGCAAGAAUGAGCACGGGGUGCAUGUCCAGUGUCAUUUUUACAAUGUCACGAAGUAUCCCCAGAGUUUCAAGGUCAUGGUGAGGGGGAUCAGCCAAGGGCACACCGUCUCCUGCACACAGUUCCACCAAAAUAUGAACUACUACGAGGUGCUAAGUCCACCAAAUGUCACCGCAGACUGCAAUAAGAGUCACUCCUUCAUGAUGUGGCAAAUGUUCAGCCAUUUCACAAAGGACUUCGAGUACGACCUUCACAUCCUCAAGGAAUCGCAAUCUGGUAAAAAUAAGAACCCCGAAGUCUUCACAGCAAAAGACAUCAAAACCGAAUUCUACACCCUACCCAACCCCGGAGCCUACACAGUGCAGAUCCGCGUCAGGGCAGAUCUUCUGAACCUGGCCAGCGCCUGGAGCACCCCGAAAAGGUUCGUGUGUGACACGGAUGAGGAUAAGCGCACACGUGUGUGGCGGACAGCUCUGCUGGUGGCCCUGGGGACUCUGGUCAUGGCGCUGGGGACAUUUUUCUUCUGCAAGAAGUGCUCUUUACCUCAGAAGCUGUUCCCCCCGAUCCCAAAAAUGAAGGACCCCAUCGGUGACAACCCUCAUGAUGAUAUGAUGGCCUGGGAGGCUGCCCAAGAUGACUGCCCAGUGACACAAUUGCAAAUUUUAGCAGAAAAAUGAAGCCAGGAGCUCAAGAGUCCCCCGCAGAGGGGACCGACCAGGUCCUGCCCAGUCCAGGGACAGAUGGACACUUACAGAAAGACACCAAUGUGACUUACAUGGAAUGAUAAAGUCAUUGUGCCCAGUGUCACUUGCUACGCCGAAUGGUCACUAGUGUCCAGUUGGUGGACCCCAACCUGUCACCUCCCAUGACAUUCCUGGACUUGUCACAUCUUUCCUCGGGUAAUUCCUUGUCCCCAAGUGGACACCUGAACAGGUGGACAAUUGCAGUCACACUCCUGUCUUGUCCACCACAAGCUGUCCCCUGUCGUCCCCCCCCAGCUAUGGUGUCCUGGGAGCAAAUUGGGGGAGGGGGAGGUGGUGUGUCAGCACCUUGUUCAUUUAAUCAGCAGGGAAUGGGAUUUUGGGGUGUCCCCUCUGUGCACGGAAGGCAAGGGACAGACAUGACCUUGCUGUGAAGUCACAGACAGAAAUGGCCGGAAGUUCUGACCUGGUAGGAUCUGGGCAACUGAGUCACAGAAACAUGGAUUUGUAGGUGUCGAAGUGACCAAGUGUGAUUAAGCAAAGCCAUAAUUAGCAGGUUAAAAUCUAACAGGGCAGAAAUGUCCCCAUACCCAUUCCAGCAGCUACAAUGACUUCCCAGGAGGGGGCACUGCGUCGUAAGUUCCCGCUGCAGAGGUCAAGGGGUCAUCGUGGGGUGUCCUGGGGACACACAGGGGGAUGAGGGGUUCACAGAACCCCCGUGACCCAGAGGACACCUGAGGUCCACUUUGCAAGUAUGACAUGGGCACACCUCAGUCCCUUGACAAGAAAAUUUUUUUGCACAAGCCAGGCAUGGUAGGUCACGCCUGUAAUCCCAGCUACUUGGGAGGCUGAGGCAGCAGCAACGCUCAGGGGUUCAGUGAGAUCCCCUCAACUCCCAUGGAGGAGAAAGUGGGGACGUGACUCCCCUGAAACAAGAAUCCUAAGUAAUGGGUCCCGGGAAGAGGACGAGAUUCCAUCUGGGAAACCAACACCCUGUGGCAUCGGGGGC